UGCAUUUAUUGCAAUGGUAUUCUUAUGGCUCCCACUAGAUAUGGGACUUCUACAAGUUUGACAUCUUGGGAUGGUCGUCGCGAAUUGGGAUGAAAUAUCCUACUAUUUCUGAGAUAGCUAGGGAUAUUCUUGCUGUUCCUAUUUCCAAUGUUGCUUCUGAGUCGACAUUCAGCACAGGAGGUCGAGUUUUAGAUUCGUUUAGGACAUCCUUAUCCCCUGAAGUUGUGGAGGCUUUGAUUUGUUGUGAAGAUUGGAUAAGAUCUUCAGACUCCGAGUUGGUGGCUGAUGGAGAAGAUGAGGGUGAUGAAGUGGUAUUUCAAACUGUAUAUGCAGCUUUUCAAGCUCUGAGUGCAAGUGCACCUACAGGACCUAGUGGAAGCUCUCAUGCAGGACCUAGUGGAAGCUCUCCUGCUACCCAUGUUUUGAUCCCGAGUCCUACUAUGUCAUAAGUGGAAGAAGACUAUGUCGACGACAAUUCUGAUGAGAAUGAUGAGACUUAUGUGGAUGUAGAGCUUGAUGAGGAGUGAUAAUAGUAGUAGUGUUUAUCUUGUAUGGUAGAUGAACUUUGAUUUUACUUGGAUGUUAUCAUUUGAGAAUUGUAAAACUAAUGUGUUUAAUUACGAGUUGAAGAUAAUCUCAUCUAUGAUUGUCGGUAUUUUAUGUUGAAAAAAAUUAUUUAUAAUUUUGCGCCAAACACCAAACAUUUUUUGCAUAUGAUAGU